AUGAAGACUGACAAAGUUGAUGUUGUCCAAAGGAGGGUUAACCUUAUGGAAAAGGAAGGUGUGAAUUUUGUGGUCUAUGUUAAUGUAGGAAAAGAUCCUUUUUACUCAUUGGAUCGGCUUCGCCAGGAGAAUGAUGCUAUUGUUUUGGCGGACCUCCCUGUUCCUGGGCGCGAACUCACUGGAGUCCAUUUUGAUAUGGAGUUUCUUCACGCCAAUACUAAAAGCUUGCUUGAUAGCAAUCAUCAGGACGGUAAAUACAUCUCUGCAAAGGGCAAGAAGGUAGUGGUAAUUGGUGGAGGUGACACCGGCACAGAUUGUAUUGGGACAUCUAUCCGUCACAGUUGCAGUAGUAUUGUUAAUUUAGAGCUUCUCCCUGAGCCGCCACGAACCAGGGCUCCUGGCAACCCUUGGCCACAGUGGCCUCGCAUAUUCCGCAUAGAUUAUGGACACCAGGAAGCUGCUGCCAAAUUUGGCAAAGACCCAAAGUCCUAUGAGGUAUUGACUAAGCGGUUUGUUGGAGAUGAGAAUGGGGUUGUGAAAGGAUUGGAAGUGGUCCAUGUCCACUGGGAGAAGGAUGCUAGGGGGAGUUUCAAUUUAAGGAAGUUGAGGGCUCUGAGGAGAUGA